GCCCCGGCCCCGCGCACCUCAGCCCGGCUGCUCAGCCGCCGCCCGCUGGCGCGUCGCUGCCCCGCGGGACUCCGGGCGAGCCGGGAGUGAAUCCGCCUCUUUUGGGGGGCAACUUUUGUGUGCCUGCCGACUUCUUUCUGGAGACUUUUGCAGCUUUCCAAGAUCCGGGCCGGGAGCGCACGGGAAUUCGCCGAGCCGCUGCGUGCAGGCCCUUUUUUUUUUUUCUUUUGAGGUCCGCUUUCUUUGUAACUUUACGCCGCGGCUGCUCGGGUUACUUUUGUAAUUUCCCGCCCCCGCCCGCCGGCGGUCCUGGAGUCGUUCGGGGCCGUGGCCCGGGGGAUGCAACGUGGACCGCGCGGGGCUGCCGGCCGCCUCGCCGCCGCGCCUCGCCGCCCGCUGCGCUAGGGUCCGCGCCCCGCGGUCAGCCAGGGGACUGGCGCUCGGUCCGGGGCUCCCGGUAGAGCUGGGAGCCCGAGCCCGAGAGAGUCUUGGGAGUCGACUAAGGGCUUGCUAGACCCUGACUUUUCUCGGGCCGCGGGGAUUUUGUCUUUGAGCGCUUCCUCUCCGCGGACCACGGUCCGCGCGCUCCCGGCGCCCGCGAUGGGGAGACGGCGGCGGCAGUGUCUCCAGUCCUACUUCGUCUGGCUCGGCUGCGUGGCGAUCUGGGCGCAGGGCAUGGCCAGCCAGCCCCAGCCGCCCAAGUCGCCCCGGCCCCAGCAGCAGCCGCCGCAACAGGUCCGGCCCGCGGCGGCGGGCUCCGAAGGCGGGUUCGCGGUGCCCGAGUACCGAGAGGAGGGCGCCGCGGCGGCCAGCCGCGUCCGCAGGCGAGGACAGCAGGACGUGCUUCGAGGGCCCAACGUGUGCGGAUCCAGGUUCCACUCCUACUGCUGCCCGGGAUGGAAGACGCUCCCUGGAGGAAACCAGUGCAUCGUCCCAAUAUGUAGAAAUAGUUGUGGAGAUGGAUUUUGUUCCCGUCCUAACAUGUGUACUUGUUCCAGUGGCCAAAUAUCACCGACCUGUGGAUCAAAAUCAAUUCAGCAGUGCAGUGUUAGAUGCAUGAACGGUGGGACCUGUGCGGAUGACCACUGCCAGUGCCAGAAGGGGUAUAUUGGAACUUACUGCGGACAACCCGUCUGUGAAAAUGGAUGUCAGAAUGGUGGACGUUGUAUUGGACCCAACCGCUGUGCUUGUGUUUACGGAUUCACCGGUCCACAGUGUGAAAGAGACUACAGGACAGGCCCAUGUUUCACGCAGGUCAACAACCAGAUGUGCCAAGGGCAGCUGACAGGCAUUGUCUGCACGAAGACUCUGUGCUGUGCGACCAUUGGACGGGCCUGGGGCCACCCCUGUGAGAUGUGUCCCGCCCAGCCUCAGCCCUGCCGGCGGGGCUUCAUUCCCAACAUCCGCACGGGAGCUUGCCAAGAUGUUGAUGAGUGCCAGGCCAUUCCCGGAGUGUGUCAGGGAGGAAAUUGCAUCAAUACAGUGGGCUCGUUUGAAUGCAAAUGCCCUGCUGGUCACAAGCAGAGUGAAACAACGCAGAAAUGUGAAGACAUCGAUGAGUGCAGCAUCAUCCCUGGGAUAUGUGAAAGUGGCGAAUGCUCCAACACCGUGGGAAGCUAUUUUUGCGUUUGUCCACGUGGAUACGUAACCUCAACAGAUGGCUCUCGGUGCAUCGAUCAAAGAACAGGCACAUGUUUCUCAGGCCUGGUGAAUGGUCGCUGUGCACAAGAGCUUCCAGGCAGAAUGACAAAAAUGCAAUGCUGCUGUGAGCCUGGCCGCUGCUGGGGCCUUGGAACCAUCCCCGAAGCCUGCCCUGUCAGAGGCUCUGAGGAAUACCACAGACUUUGCAUGGAUGGGCUUCCAAUAGGAGGGAUCCCAGGAAGUGCUGGUUCCAGACCUGGAGGCACUGGGGGGAAUGGCUUUGCCCCAAAUGGCAAUGGCAAUGGCUACGGCCCCGGAGGGACAGGCUUCAUCCCCAUCCCUGGAGGCAAUGGCUUUUCUCCUGGUGUUGGGGGAGCAGGUGUAGGGGCCGGGGGCCAGGGGCCCAUCAUCACUGGACUGACUAUUCUCAACCAGACGAUAGAUAUCUGUAAGCACCAUGCUAAUCUCUGUUUAAACGGACGCUGCAUACCUACCGUUUCUAGCUACCGAUGUGAGUGCAACAUGGGCUAUAAGCAGGAUGCAAAUGGAGAUUGCAUAGAUGUUGAUGAAUGCACAUCAAAUCCCUGCACUAAUGGAGAUUGUGUUAACACACCUGGAUCCUAUUAUUGUAAAUGUCAUGCUGGAUUCCAGAGGACUCCUACCAAGCAAGCAUGCAUUGAUAUUGAUGAGUGCAUCCAGAAUGGGGUUCUUUGUAAAAACGGUCGAUGUGUGAACACAGAUGGAAGUUUCCAGUGCAUUUGCAAUGCCGGUUUUGAAUUAACCACAGAUGGAAAAAACUGUGUUGAUCAUGAUGAGUGUACAACCACCAACAUGUGUUUGAAUGGGAUGUGCAUCAAUGAAGAUGGCAGCUUCAAGUGCAUCUGCAAACCAGGAUUUGUCUUGGCUCCAAAUGGGCGUUACUGUACUGAUGUGGACGAGUGCCAGACCCCAGGCAUCUGCAUGAACGGGCACUGCAUCAACAACGAAGGGUCCUUCCGCUGCGACUGCCCCCCGGGCCUGGCUGUGGGUGUGGACGGACGUGUGUGUGUCGAUACUCACAUGCGCAGUACCUGCUAUGGUGGAAUAAAGAAGGGAGUGUGUGUCCGUCCUUUCCCGGGUGCAGUAACCAAGUCUGAAUGCUGCUGUGCCAAUCCAGACUAUGGUUUUGGAGAGCCCUGCCAGCCAUGCCCUGCCAAAAACUCAGCUGAAUUCCAUGGUCUGUGCAGUAGUGGAGUAGGUAUCACCGUGGACGGAAGAGAUAUCAAUGAAUGUGCUUUGGAUCCCGAUAUAUGCGCCAAUGGAAUUUGUGAAAACUUACGUGGUAGUUACCGUUGUAAUUGCAACAGUGGCUAUGAACCAGAUGCCUCUGGAAGAAACUGUAUUGACAUUGAUGAGUGCUUGGUAAACAGACUGCUCUGUGACAAUGGCCUCUGCCGAAACACUCCUGGGAGUUACAGCUGCACGUGCCCACCAGGGUAUGUGUUCAGGACCGAAACGGAGACGUGUGAAGAUAUAAAUGAAUGUGAAAGCAACCCAUGUGUCAAUGGGGCCUGCAGGAACAACCUUGGAUCUUUCAAUUGUGAAUGUUCUCCCGGCAGCAAACUCAGCUCCACGGGAUUGAUCUGUAUUGACAGCCUGAAAGGGACAUGCUGGCUCAACAUCCAGGACAACCGCUGUGAGGUGAACAUCAACGGAGCCACUCUGAAAUCUGAGUGCUGCGCCACCCUCGGAGCUGCCUGGGGGAGCCCCUGUGAGCGCUGCGAGCUAGAUACAGCUUGCCCGAGAGGCUUUGCCAGGAUUAAAGGUGUUACUUGUGAAGAUGUUAACGAGUGUGAGGUGUUUCCUGGUGUUUGUCCAAACGGGCGCUGUAUUAAUAGCAAAGGAUCUUUUCAUUGUGAGUGCCCUGAAGGCCUCACCUUGGAUGGAACUGGCCGAGUGUGUUUGGACAUCCGCAUGGAGCAGUGUUACUUGAAGUGGGAUGAAGAUGAAUGCAUCCAUCCUGUCCCUGGGAAGUUCCGCAUGGACGCCUGCUGCUGUGCUGUUGGGGCAGCUUGGGGCACCGAGUGUGAGGAGUGCCCCAAACCUGGCACCAAGGAGUAUGACACCCUGUGCCCCAGGGGGCCUGGCUUUGCUAACAGAGGGGAUGUCCUUACUGGGAGGCCCUUCUACAAAGAUAUCAAUGAAUGCAAAGCUUUUCCUGGGAUGUGCACCUAUGGAAAGUGUAGAAAUACCAUCGGAAGCUUCAAGUGCCGUUGCAAUAGUGGCUUUGCUCUAGACAUGGAGGAGAGAAACUGCACAGACAUCGACGAGUGCAGGAUUUCUCCCGAUCUCUGUGGAAGUGGGAUCUGUGUCAACACGCCAGGCAGCUUUGAGUGUGAGUGCUUCGAAGGCUAUGAGAGUGGGUUCAUGAUGAUGAAGAACUGCAUGGACAUUGACGAAUGUGAACGUAACCCUCUCCUUUGUAGGGGUGGCACCUGUGUGAACACUGAGGGCAGCUUUCAGUGUGACUGCCCACUGGGACACGAGCUGUCACCGUCACGUGAGGACUGUGUGGAUGUUAACGAAUGCUCCUUGAGUGACAAUCUCUGUAGAAAUGGAAAGUGUGUGAACAUGAUUGGAACGUAUCAGUGCUCCUGCAAUCCUGGAUACCAGGCCACGCCAGACCGGCAGGGCUGUACAGAUAUUGAUGAAUGCAUGAUAAUGAACGGAGGCUGUGAUACCCAGUGCACCAACUCGGAAGGGAGCUACGAGUGCAGCUGCAGCGAGGGUUACGCCCUGAUGCCAGAUGGGAGAUCGUGCGCAGAUAUUGAUGAAUGUGAAAAUAAUCCUGAUAUCUGUGAUGGUGGCCAGUGUACCAACAUCCCUGGAGAGUAUCGCUGUCUGUGUUAUGACGGCUUCAUGGCUUCAAUGGACAUGAAAACAUGCAUCGAUGUGAAUGAGUGUGAUUUAAAUUCAAACAUCUGCAUGUUUGGGGAAUGUGAGAACACCAAGGGAUCCUUCAUUUGCCACUGUCAGCUGGGUUAUUCGGUGAAGAAGGGAACCACAGGAUGCACAGAUGUGGAUGAGUGUGAAAUUGGAGCCCACAACUGCGACAUGCAUGCCUCGUGUCUAAACGUCCCAGGAAGCUUCAAGUGUAGUUGCAGAGAAGGCUGGAUUGGUAAUGGCAUCAAAUGUAUUGAUCUGGACGAAUGUUCUAAUGGAACCCACCAGUGUAGCAUCAACGCUCAGUGUGUGAAUACCCCUGGCUCCUACCGCUGUGCCUGUUCUGAAGGGUUCACGGGAGAUGGCUUUACCUGCUCAGAUGUUGAUGAGUGUGCAGAAAACAUAAAUCUCUGUGAGAAUGGACAAUGCCUCAACGUCCCGGGUGCAUAUCGCUGUGAGUGUGAGAUGGGCUUCACUCCAGCCUCAGACAGCAGAUCUUGCCAAGAUAUUGAUGAAUGCUCCUUCCAAAACAUUUGUGUCUUUGGGACAUGCAACAACUUGCCCGGCAUGUUCCACUGCAUCUGCGACGAUGGCUACGAGCUGGACAGAACCGGCGGGAACUGUACAGAUAUUGAUGAAUGUGCUGAUCCCAUCAACUGUGUGAACGGCCUCUGUGUCAACACGCCCGGUCGUUACGAGUGUAACUGCCCACCUGACUUUCAGCUGAACCCCACUGGUGUGGGUUGUGUUGACAACCGUGUGGGUAACUGCUACCUGAAGUUUGGUCCUCGAGGAGACGGGAGCCUGUCCUGCAACACUGAAAUUGGGGUGGGCGUCAGCCGCUCCUCCUGCUGCUGCUCCCUGGGGAAGGCCUGGGGGAACCCCUGCGAGACGUGCCCCCCUGUCAAUAGCACUGAAUAUUACACCUUAUGUCCUGGGGGUGAAGGCUUCAGACCCAACCCCAUCACAAUCAUCUUAGAAGACAUCGAUGAGUGCCAGGAGCUACCGGGUCUCUGCCAGGGAGGAAACUGCAUCAACACCUUCGGGAGCUUCCAGUGCGAGUGCCCGCAAGGCUACUACCUCAGCGAGGAAACCCGCAUCUGUGAGGAUAUUGAUGAGUGUUUCGCACAUCCUGGUGUGUGUGGGCCUGGGACCUGCUACAACACGCUGGGAAAUUACACCUGCAUUUGCCCACCUGAAUACAUGCAGGUCAACGGAGGCCACAACUGCAUGGACAUGAGAAAAAGCUUUUGCUACCGAAGCUAUAAUGGAACCACUUGUGAGAAUGAGUUGCCUUUUAAUGUGACAAAGAGGAUGUGCUGCUGCACGUACAAUGUGGGCAAAGCCUGGAACAAACCUUGUGAGCCAUGCCCGACUCCAGGGACAGCUGACUUUAAAACCAUAUGUGGAAAUAUUCCUGGGUUCACCUUUGACAUUCACACAGGAAAAGCUGUUGACAUUGAUGAAUGUAAAGAGAUCCCAGGCAUUUGUGCAAAUGGCGUGUGCAUCAACCAGAUUGGCAGUUUCCGCUGCGAAUGCCCUACAGGAUUCAGUUACAACGACUUGCUCCUGGUCUGCGAAGAUAUCGAUGAGUGCAGCAACGGCGAUAAUCUGUGCCAGCGAAAUGCAGACUGCAUCAACAGUCCCGGCAGCUACCGCUGCGAGUGCGCUGCGGGCUUCAAACUCUCGCCCAACGGAGCCUGUGUUGAUCGCAACGAAUGUUUAGAAAUUCCUAAUGUUUGCAGUCAUGGCCUGUGUGUUGAUUUGCAAGGAAGUUACCAGUGCAUCUGCCACAACGGCUUCAAGGCGUCUCAGGACCAGACCAUGUGCAUGGAUGUUGAUGAGUGUGAGCGGCAUCCGUGUGGAAACGGAACCUGUAAAAACACCGUUGGGUCCUAUAACUGUCUCUGCUAUCCCGGGUUUGAGCUCACUCAUAAUAACGACUGCCUGGACAUAGAUGAGUGCAGUUCCUUUUUUGGUCAGGUGUGCAGAAAUGGACGGUGUUUUAAUGAAAUUGGCUCCUUCAAGUGUUUAUGUAAUGAAGGUUAUGAACUUACUCCAGAUGGCAAGAACUGUAUAGAUACCAAUGAAUGUGUAGCCCUUCCUGGCUCGUGUUCUCCCGGUACCUGUCAGAAUUUGGAAGGGUCCUUCAGAUGCAUCUGUCCCCCAGGGUAUGAAGUAAAGAGCGAGAACUGCAUCGAUAUAAAUGAAUGUGACGAAGAUCCCAACAUCUGUCUUUUUGGUUCCUGCACCAACACUCCUGGGGGCUUCCAGUGCAUCUGCCCCCCUGGCUUUGUGCUGUCUGAUAAUGGACGGAGAUGCUUUGAUACUCGCCAGAGCUUCUGCUUCACGAACUUUGAAAAUGGAAAGUGUUCUGUCCCCAAAGCUUUCAACACCACAAAGGCAAAAUGCUGCUGCAGUAAGAUGCCAGGAGAGGGCUGGGGGGAUCCCUGCGAGCUGUGCCCCAAGGACGAUGAAGCAUUCCAGGAUUUGUGUCCGUACGGCCAUGGAACCGUUCCUAGUCUUCAUGACACCCGCGAAGAUGUCAAUGAAUGUCUUGAGAGCCCAGGCAUCUGCUCAAAUGGUCAGUGCAUCAACACAGAUGGGUCUUUUCGCUGUGAAUGCCCAAUGGGUUACAACCUCGACUAUACUGGAGUGCGCUGUGUGGAUACUGACGAAUGUUCAAUAGGCAAUCCAUGUGGAAAUGGCACAUGCACCAAUGUUAUUGGGAGUUUUGAAUGCAAUUGCAAUGAAGGCUUUGAGCCAGGGCCCAUGAUGAAUUGUGAAGAUAUCAAUGAGUGUGCCCAGAACCCUCUGCUGUGUGCUUUCCGCUGCAUGAACACCUUCGGGUCCUAUGAAUGCACAUGCCCAAUUGGCUACGCGCUCAGGGAAGACCAGAAGAUGUGCAAAGACCUGGAUGAAUGUGCUGAAGGACUACAUGACUGUGAAUCUAGAGGCAUGAUGUGUAAGAAUCUGAUCGGCACGUUCAUGUGCAUCUGCCCGCCUGGGAUGACCCGAAGGCCUGACGGAGAAGGCUGCGUAGAUGAAAAUGAAUGCAGGACCAAGCCAGGGAUCUGUGAAAAUGGCCGUUGUGUUAACACAAUUGGGAGCUACAGGUGUGAGUGUAAUGAAGGAUUUCAAUCAAGUUCCUCAGGCACUGAAUGCCUCGACAACCGACAGGGACUCUGCUUUGCAGAGGUGCUGCAGACCAUGUGUCAGAUGGCGUCCAGCAGCCGCAAUCUUGUCACCAAGUCAGAGUGCUGCUGUGACGGGGGGCGAGGAUGGGGUCACCAGUGUGAACUUUGCCCACUUCCUGGAACUGCGCAGUACAAAAAGAUAUGUCCUCAUGGCCCAGGAUAUACCACUGAUGGGAGAGAUAUUGAUGAAUGCAAGGUGAUGCCGAACCUCUGCACCAACGGCCAGUGCAUCAACACCAUGGGCUCGUUCCGGUGCUUCUGCAAGGUCGGCUACACCACAGAUAUCAGCGGGACCUCGUGUGUAGAUCUUGAUGAAUGUUCCCAAUCCCCGAAACCAUGCAAUUUCAUCUGCAAGAACAGUGAGGGGAGUUACCAGUGCUCGUGUCCACGGGGAUACGUCCUGCAAGAGGAUGGGAAGACGUGCAAAGACCUCGAUGAGUGUCAAACCAAACAACACAACUGCCAGUUCCUCUGUGUCAACACCCUGGGAGGUUUCACCUGUAAAUGUCCACCUGGUUUCACACAGCAUCACACUGCCUGUAUCGACAACAACGAAUGUGGGUCUCAGCCUUCCCUCUGUGGAGCAAAAGGCAUCUGUCAAAACACCCCUGGGAGUUUCAGCUGCGAAUGCCAGAGAGGGUUCUCACUUGAUGCCACUGGACUCAACUGUGAAGAUGUUGAUGAAUGUGAUGGAAACCACAGGUGCCAACAUGGCUGCCAGAACAUCCUAGGAGGCUACAGGUGUGGUUGCCCUCAAGGGUAUAUCCAGCAUUACCAGUGGAAUCAGUGUGUUGACGAGAACGAGUGCUCCAACCCCGGCGCCUGCGGCUCUGCGUCCUGCUACAACACCCUGGGCAGUUACAAGUGCGCCUGCCCCUCAGGGUUCUCCUUCGACCAGUUCUCCAGCGCCUGUCACGACGUGAACGAGUGCUCGUCCUCCAAGAACCCCUGCAAUUAUGGCUGCUCUAACACAGAAGGGGGCUACCUCUGUGGCUGCCCGCCGGGGUACUACAGAGUGGGACAGGGCCACUGUGUCUCCGGAAUGGGAUUUAAUAAAGGGCAGUACCUGCCCCUGGAUGCAGAGGUGGAUGAGGAGAACGCCCUGUCCCCGGAAGCCUGCUACGAAUGCAAAAUCAACGGCUACUCAAAGAAAGACGGCAGACAGAAGAGAAGUGUCCAUGAGCCAGAAACCCCCGCUGUUGAACAGGUCAGCCUGGACAGCGUCGACAUGGACAGCCCCAUGAGAAUGAAGUUCAACCUGUCUGGCCUCGGCUCUAAGGAGCACAUCCUGGAACUCAUGCCUGCCAUCGAGCCCCUCAACAACCAUGUCCGCUACGUCAUCUCCCAAGGGAACGAUGACGGCGUCUUCCGCAUCCACCAAAGGAACGGGCUCAGCUACUUGCACACGGCCAAGAGGAAGCUGGUGCCCGGCACGUACACACUGGAAAUCACGAGCAUCCCUCUCUACAGGAAGAAGGAGCUUAAGAAACUGGAAGACAGCAAUGAGGACGACUACCUCCUAGGGGAACUCGGGGAGGCUCUCAGAAUGAGGCUGCAGAUUCAACUCUAUUAACACUUACAGACUGGGUUCCAGACUCAAAUCCGCGCACAGCCAGCCUUCAGAAGCCUUUGAAAGUCAAUGACUGAUUUUAAAGAGGGAAAAAAAGACAGCUUUUGUUUCUUUCCUCCCUGUCUCAGACUUCAGAAUGUUGACCCUCACAGGGAGGGAUAAUUUAGACUCUGGUGUGGCCAAAGAUUUGAGUACAAAGGCAGCCGUGGUUACUGUAUUUUUUAUAUAACUUCACUUUAAAAUAUAUUAAAAAAAACCUAAAUGUUCAAGAGAUCAGCAUAUGGCACUAAAUGCACAAAAAUAAUGUGAGCUCUUUUUUUUCCUGUUAGCAGUCUGUAACACUUUGGGUAUUUUGCUAUAGUUGCUAAUUAAAAAAAAAUAUAGAUGUUUAUUUAUUUUUAAUGCAGUAAUAUAUGGAGAAAUGAACAAACUAUGUAAACAAAAAGGGAAACUCACUUGUUUUUCUUUAGAUUUAUAAAUUGAGCUAUUUCUUUUAGAGGUGCUUUUUUAAAAAUUCAGUAGAUUCAAGAGAUGUUUCCUUUGGUUUUCUGCCAGUUGUCCAACUGGUACACAUCUGAUUAUUUUAAAGAAAGAAAGCCUCACAGAGCUGAAUGGGCAGUAUAAUCAAUAAUUUAAAAGACAGAAAUGUCAUUAGAUUCUUUACGAAGGAGAUCAAAGCCAGAGCAGCUCAUUGUGACGAUAUUCCACAUCAGCAGACACACCAGGCGACGAAGAUGAAGCACAACACUGUAGCAAAAUACCUUGACUGCUUGUGAGACCAGUAGCGUUGCAGGCCAAACCGUACUGUAUUUCCUUCUCAUAACCUCAAGGAAGCACAUGUGCUCCCCACAACACCUCAUUCUCACCCAGGGCGUGCUGCGUACUUGUGGUGCUGUAGGCAGCUGAAGAACUGCCGUUCCUCUGAAAAGGAACACCUGGCAUUCUGUAGUGUUUGGUGCUGUCUUAGAUUAAUGGUGCAUUUAUUAUGUUCAAGCUAUUUCAGGAUUGCCAUAUGUGCAAACAAAUCAUGCAGUACAGCCAAGGAAUAUAUGUUGUUUUUUUAAAUCCAUUUUUUUUUAGAAUUUUCAUUAAUACUGUAGUUAUACACCAUAUGCCUCAUUUUAUCAUAGCCUAUUGUGUAUGAAAGAUGUUUGUACAAUGAAUUGAUGUUUAGUUUGCUUUAGUCAUUUAAAAAGAUAUUGUACCAGAAUGUGCUAUAAUAAGAGUGCGUCCAUGUUCUUCUCAACCCAAGAACCUGUCCCUGGACCAGUGACCAAACCUCAAUGUGAAAUGGCCAAAGCACACGCAGGCUCCGGGUUUCCUCGCACACCUGUGCUGACCAAAGAUUAGUAACCAGUUGUAUCCAGUUUGCGGUUCUUUUGUUUUGUUUUGUUUUAAUAACUAAAAAAAAAAAAACCUUGUAAAUUUGUAAUCAAGUGUUUGUGAGGAAAAACUUAUGGUUUUGGGUCUUGUUUGUUUUUGUAGGUCUAUGUAUCAAAUAUGACACUUUUCUUGCAAUAAAGCUUAUUUUGGGGUA